AUGAGCAUUCGAGGGCCACGAAAGGGCGAGAACUAUGAGCUUAGCGUUGACCUCAACAGCGAAUACCGCGACAAACGAAAGGAUGCCAUCAAACGCGUUAUCGCUUCGAUGACCGUCGGCAAAGACGUCAGCGGUUUAUUUCCUGACGUCUUGAAGAACAUGCAGACGGAAGAUCUGGAACAGAAGAAGCUCGUAUACCUCUACCUGAUGAACUAUGCAAAAACCCAGCCGGAAUUAGUGAUUCUGGCGGUUAAUACUUUCGUGAAGGAUACCGACGACCCCAAUCCCCUUGUUCGCGCCUUGGCUAUCCGUACGAUGGGCUGUCUACGGGCGGAGAAGAUCAUAGACUACCUCUGCGACCCUCUGCAGAAAUGUCUACGAGACGAGAACCCAUACGUCCGCAAAACCGCAGCACUGUGUGUUGCGAAGCUGUACGAUCUCAAGCCAGAGCUGGUGAUCGAGAAUGGAUUCCUCGAACAGCUGCACGAUAUGAUUGCGGACUCUAAUCCAAUGGUAGUAGCCAAUACGGUUGCCGCCCUUUCCGACAUCCACAUCUCUGCCACCUCCCAGCCCUCAAGUUCUUCCUCAGAUCCAGCCCUCUUCAACAUCACGACCAACAUUCUGAACAAACUACUCAUCGCAUUGAAUGAGUGCUCUGAAUGGGGUCGUGUCGCGAUUCUGAACGCGCUGGCGCGGUAUAACGCAAGCGAUGACAAGGAGAGCGAGCAUAUUUGCGAACGAGUUGUACCCCAAUUCCAACACGUUAACGGCUCUGUCGUCCUGGCCGCAGUAAAGGUGGUGAUGAUUCACCUUCGAAACGUGCGUCGAGAAGACCUCGAGAAGCAGCUGAUUCGAAAGAUGGCACCCCCUCUCGUCACCCUGCUUUCCUCCCCACCCGAAGUCCAAUGGGUCGCUCUCCGAAAUAUCAACCUCCUUCUUCAGAAACGUGCCGACAUUCUCUCCAACGAGAUCAGGGUCUUCUUCUGCAAAUACAACGACCCUCUUUACGUCAAGGUCGAGAAACUAGACAUUAUGGUCCGAUUGGCCAACCCGAAGAACGUCGACGCUCUCCUCAGCGAACUUCGUGAAUACGCUUCGGAAGUCGACGUUGACUUUGUUCGGAAGAGCAUCAAGGCUAUCGGCCAGACUGCGGUCAAAAUCGACGAAGCUGCGGAGCGUUGCGUCAACGUCCUUUUGGAUUUGAUUGCCACUCGAGUCAGUUAUGUCGUCCAGGAGGCGGUUGUGGUCAUGAAGGAUAUCUUCAGGAAAUACCCUUCCACUUACGAGGGCGUUAUUCCGACACUGUGUGCCAAUUUGGACGAGUUGGACGAGCCCGAGGCGAAGGCAUCUUUGAUCUGGAUUAUUGGAGAAUACGCCGACAAGAUCGAUAACGCUGACGAACUUCUCAGCCUGUUUGUGGAAUCCUUCACGGAGGAAUCCUAUUCAGUGCAACUGCAAACCCUCACUGCAGUUGUCAAGCUUUUCCUCAAGAAGCCUGAUUCUUCGCAGGGAAUCGUGCAGAGGAUACUGAAUACCGCGACGAAGGAUUGUGAUUCGCCCGAUGUCCGCGAUCGUGCGUACAUCUAUUGGAGACUGCUUUCGAUGGACCCUGGAGCAGCAAAGUCUGUCGUUCUUUCACAUCGUCCACCGAUCUCGAUACCCCGCACAACCGUCGCCCCUGCCUUGUUGGAAGAGUUGAUCGGUGAAAUCGGAAGCUUGGCUAGCGUUUACCAUAAGCCAGCCGAGACCUUUAUUGGCAAGGGACGGAUUGGAGCAGAGGCCAUGCAGCGCAAAACCGACGGCCUCGAGGACCUCUCCGCUCAGAAGGCUUUGCAAACGGUCGCUGCUGGCCAGCAAUCAGAAAACCUUCUGGACUUCGACGACGAUCCAGCGACGGAAGGAGGUGGUCUUUCCGGCCUGGCUGCAACGCAAGUGCUUUCCCAGCCGGCUGCUGCAAACCUUUUGGCAGGAACUUCCAGCAACCCGCUGGACGACCUUGUCUCCAUCUUUGGCAAUGCCUCUCUUCAGCCAGCACCUGCUACACCUGCUCCUGGAGGAGGACUGUUUGGUGCGCCGAUGACUCCGGCCACGGCCAAUCCAUUCGGAGGGACUGCCCUCGCUACCCCGGUCACCACAUCUCCUCCUGUGCCCAGCGCCGCCACCACAACCACAAGCCAGGGCGCACAAGACGAUUUGCUCGGGUUGUUCUAA